ACAACAAAAAGAUUUUCCUCUUUGAUUGUAAAUGUUUCUCUCUCUUUCUUUUAUUAAUUGUUUUAUUUUAUUAAUUACUAAUUGUUAAUUGUGAUGUUAUUAGCUUUUGAUUGAUUAUCGAUAAUGUGAAACAAUUAAAUCUCAACAGAAAAGAUAAUCAAACAAUCAAAAGUGACCUUAUAACCACAUCAACAACAGAAAAUCUUGUAACAUUUUCUCCUCUUUUAUUUUCCUAUUUUUCUGUUUUCUACUUAUCCUUUUAUUUUUCACUCUUUUCGUUUUUCAAUUAAUUAAUUUUCUAUUUUAAUUGUUGUUCCUUUUGUUUCUUUUCUUGUUUAUAUUUUAUAAUUGUUGAUUUACUUAUAUAUGUUUUCUAUUUUUGUUGAAAUUUCCAUCCAAUUCUAUUCUAUAAGAGGUAAAUUCUGGCCUGAUUAUUUUUCCUCAGCUUGAAGCUCCUUUUUUUCUGCAAACCAUGAGUACUAAUUGUGCUGCUGAUUCUAUUAAUGGAGAUGAUUUGAUUGGUGAUAAUUACUGUAAAUCUGUUGAUCCUGAUAUUCACCACGAAGAAGAAGAUGAUGAUGAUGAUUUUGAUGAUUUCACCGAUUUUCAAGAGGCCAUUCCAUUGGUAAAUGAUGAAACUAAAACGACAACAAGGACCAGGCCAUCAAGUGAUAAUCAAUUAGGCUCACAAAUAGACAACAGUUCAAAUUGUCAAUCAAAUAUCUCUGGAAAUCUAAUAUCAUCACCAAAAUUUUCUGAUUCAUUUACUAUUAAUGAACUAGCCAAAAGUUUACCAACCUUGAAUAAUAUUAUUAAUCAAUCUUUCACUAAGGCCAUUGAAGAUAAUCAUAUUGAAGCCGAACACAGUAUUACAGCUGAUCUAUUUGAAGAUAAAACAUCUCAAAGUUAUAAAAUAUGGGAGAAUUUAUUGAAUCCAGAAGAAUCAACAUCAUGCCGAUUAAAUUGGGAAUCGUCACAUUCAUUUCAAGUCUUUCUCAGAUCUUUAAAAAUCGAUAAAAAAAAUGUUGACAAUUUUUUCUUCACUUCAUUCGAGUCAAGCUCAGAAUCCAAUGAGAUCACCAUGAACUCACCAGUAACAGUAACAUCUCACUCAUCUGACCAUCGAAUUGUCAACAAAAUGUCCAACAUGGAAUUACCAUCAAAAUCUGAAAAUUCAUCUUCAUCUUCAUCCUCAUCAUCAACAUUGCCAAUAACAAAAUCUACUUCAAGUUCAUCAAUAUCAAUUACUAAUUCAAUUGAAUCAAAUAAAGUUCCCCAAGUGUCACCAAAACCGGAACCACCGAUGGUUUUACCUAAAAUUGAAAACACAACUUCAAGUGCCUCACUUUCAUCAUCCUCAUCAUCCUCAUCAUCUUCAUCUAUCAAACCAAAUAAUGAUUCAAGUGAAUUAACUAAUCAAUCGGAAGAAAAUCAGCCCUCCAUCAACAAUCAACUAUCAAACAAUUUACUUGAUGUUACAUUUUUCCUUAAUAAUCCAAAUUUUAUGCAACCAUGUUCAAGUCCAAAAGCCUCUGUUAAAACUAAUGAAUCUGAACAAUCAGUUCAAAACAACGAAUCAUCAACCAAACCACUUUCAAUCAUAUCUUCAUCAUCAACUGAUCCAUUCCACAAUUUGAUCUCUCAUAUCCAAGAUGCAUCAUCAAUGCGAUCAACAAUUAAAUCUCAAUCAUCAACAAUCACACCAACAGAAUCAACAAACAGAAUUUUCGAGGAAUUACCUUUAUUAUCAUUUAUGCGGACGAAAUUAUUAAUGUUCCCAAUGAGAGAUUCAAUCAAAGAUUGAAUUAAGUAAACAAUUAGGCGAAAAUCAAUUUUAAUUUUGUUACUAAUAUUAACAAUUGGAAUAUUAUUAUUACACAAUUUGAAUUAGUACAAAAAAGUGAGACAAUCAAUUGCUUUCAUCAUUCUCGCUCAAUUUGACUGAUUAACUAAUUUAGCUUAAAUCCUUAAUCUUCUUGAUAUAUUUAUAUAUUUUUCCCUUUUAAUUUUUUUGAUUACUAAACAAUCAACAGUAUAAA